GUAAUUAUUGAAUAAGUAGAAAAUAUCAGCAGUGUAUAAAGGCCAUGUAACGUCAUCCGAGCGCCAUUUCUCAUUCAGGGUGUGAAAGUGUGGUUUUUGUGUUUUUCUCUGUAGAAGAAGCAUCAAUGGCGCGAGGCAGAAUCCGAAAGCGCCGGUUAACGAGAAUGGAUGCGGCUAUUGACGCCAUGACUUCAUAUGGUUUCUCGGAAAAUCUUAUAAGGAAGAUAGUAAGAGAACUUCUCAAGGAAUAUGGGGGAGAUGAAGCAUGGUUUUUCAUUGAGCAAGACUCAUAUGAAGUACUACGCGAGGCACUUCUGCGCGAUGUAGAAGAAAAUGAUCAAGAGAAAAGUGCACAGGAUGAAAACCACACGAAGAACGAGUCGAAGGAUGAAACAUCAGCUGGGGAUUGCGGUGUAGCUACGGACUCCCCACAAGAUGCUGAAAUACCUGAAGAUGCUUCAGUAGAUGCUGUGGGGUCCUCUUCUAUUGUAAAACUUGCGUGUGCUGAAGGUGUCAGUAUUUCAUCUGGGAUUGAUUCAGCUGAAGAAAAUGGAAAGGACUGGAAGGAUAUUUGUUUGGAUCAGCGUGGUCUUAGAACUGGAAAGAGUACAAUCCCUUCACCAUUAAUGAUUCCUUCCCCAACCCCAAUCCCCAGGCGUCGUGGACCAUGCUAUGGUUGGCUUGAGAGUGACGAGGAAGACGACCCCAAUGAUAUUAUCUCUUUCCCCAUGCAAGUAGAAUCAACGCCAACAGUACUGCAUCUUGCCAUCGUAGAAAACUUCUCUCGUGUUGAGACUAAUUCAAAGGCGAAGCGCAAGUCAAGAUGGGACGUGAAACCUGAUGAUCCCUAAUUCAUUUUCCUAUUUCACAUGGCUGUAAAUGUGCUUCAUGUCUAUACCAUUUUAACUUUCAUGGCAAACUUGAUCUGGUAGUACAAAAAAUAUUGUAAAUUUUUGUAGAUCUUGACCAACUUUUUACAGUGUAAUUGGGCUGCUUAUCUUACUUCUUGCUGAUUUAGCCCUCAUGUGGUCCC